AGCGUCGGUCCGGGGAUCGCACCCUGCAUGCGCAUGGGCGGAAAAACUGCCGCUGUGCGCUCUUGUUAUUCUACGGGUAAUUUCUCCUUUUUUUUUUUUUUUAAACGAAAAUGGCGUCUAGUCAGGGAAGUGUAGGAGCUGUCACAGCUCCACAAAGCCAUGACUACCCGAGCGGACCCCAGUGGAGCCCGGGUAUCAGCCAGUACCAGCAGCAGCAGCAGCAGCAGCAGCACCACACUGCCCGCAGCAUGGAGCGGGCUCUGGAGGAUGCCGUGAGCUCAGGGAUCCUGAACCUCAGCGGCAGGAAGCUGAGGGAGUACCCGGGGAUCAACUACGAUCUGACCGAUACGACACAAGCAGACCUAUCCAAGAACCAUCUCGCAGAGAUCCCGGCGGAGGUGUGUCUGUUCGCCCCGCUCGAGUCGCUCAGCCUCUACCACAACUGCAUCAAAUCCAUCCCCGAAGCCAUUAUCAACCUGCAGAUGCUGACGUAUCUCGACAUCAGCCGAAAUCUCCUGUCGGUGCUGCCAAAAUACCUGUUUAAUCUCCCCCUCAAAGUCCUGCUGGUGAGCAACAACAAACUGGUAUCCAUCCCCGAGGAGAUCGGCAAGGCCAAAGAGUUGAUGGAACUGGACGUGAGCUGCAAUGAGAUCCAGAUCCUGCCGGCUCAGGUGGGGAGGCUCCUGGCCUUACGGGAACUCAACGUCAGGAAGAACUGUCUCCACAUGCUGCCUGAGGAGCUGGCAGAUCUGCCUCUCAUCCGACUCGACUUCUCCUGCAAUAAGAUCACAGAGAUUCCUCCAGCUUUCAGGAAACUCAGGCAACUGGAGUACAUCAUCCUGGACAACAAUCCUAUGCAGUCUCCUCCCGCGCAGAUUUGCUUGAAAGGCAAGGUGCACAUCUUCAAGUACUUGAACAUCCAGGCUUGCAGAACGGACAAGAAACCAGACACCCUGGACCUCCCGACUCUCAGCAAACGCUGUCUCCCGCAGCCCCUCACUGAUAGCAUGGAAGAUUUCUAUCCCACUAAGAAUCAUGGGCCUGACUCUGGAAUUGGUAGUGACAAUGGCGACAAGAGGCUGUCUACAACAGAGCCGUCAGACGACGACACCGUCAGCCUCCACUCACAGGUCUCAGAGACAGCCCGCGCGGACGCCCUGUCCCUACUCUCCAAAUUGGACUCCUGCAAAGAUCAGGAUCUGUAUGACUUUAUAGAGCCCAACCCCGAAGAGGAUCCUGCUCUGUCAGAGACUGACGGGCAGCAAAGCAGCCAUGUGUCUUGUAUAAAGGAACUGGAGAAAGUGCUAAACAUGUCCCAACAAUGUAAAGAUAAAGACAGCUGGAAAGAGGAGUCUGGUUCUGAUAAGGACCAGCUUGCUGAGGAAGAGGAUGAUGAACUGAAAGAAGUGCUGGAUCUGAGGAAGAUUGCCGUGCAGCUUCUGCAGCAGGAACAGCAGAACAGACGACGGUCCUUAAUUUGCAGAGCAGAGAGUCUAAUCCACCGACGGAGAGUGACCGGCAGGGCGCACAGAUUUCUGAGUCACUCGGGGAGCUCCAGCAGCAAGCCGAGGCCGCCGCCUCAGGCUGCUCGAAGUGCGUCUCUGGAUGAAGGAAGCAGUGGAGCAUCAGUGCUGAGUGGGCAGCCUUCCUCGUCCUGCUCUUUCGAUGGAAGCUUGAAGUCAGAACAAUCAGACUGCGACCCAAAGUGGCCCGAAGUUCCUCCUGUUCUCAACCAGAACGAGGAUCGCAGGCGGAACAAGUAUCUGAGAAAGGACUACCUAAAGCACAAGUGUCAGAGUGCUCGUAAAAGUUCCAGCGGGGCCGAAGACUGCGAGGAGACAUCACUGCGCAACGUUGAUUUCAGCACCACGUUGACAGUGUUUGGACUCAAACCACGAUCAGCUUUCACUCGAGGAGCCCGUCAGGACAUCAGCUCGACAGAUCCCAGUUUCACCAUGAGGAGGAAGAUGGAACAUUUGCGAGAGGAGCUGGAGCAGAUCGGACUUUUACGACAGAACAUCGAAUCCCGACUGAAGGUCCUGCUCCCAGAUGAUGUUGGAGCUGCUUUGAUGGACGGAGUGGUCCUUUGCCAUUUGGCCAAUCACAUUUGUCCCCGAUCCGUCGCUAGCAUACACGUUCCGUCUCCUGCAGUACCAAAGCUAAGCAUGGCAAAGUGCCGCAGAAAUGUUGAAAACUUCCUGGAAGCUUGCAAGAAGCUUGGAGUUCCACAGGACAAAUUGUGUCUGCCGCAUCACAUCUUAGAGGAGCGAGGUCUGGUAAAGGUUGGCGUGACCGUCCAGGCUCUGCUGGACCUGCCCCCGUUGAAGGCCACACACAUGUCAUCAUUUUGACACGGGGAGUAAACGCUGACGACGGCCUGCAGUCGUCGGCCCAUUUCUCCAUCCCAGCCCAUAUCUGGACCCGCACUGCCAGGGACUAAGGACCCCCCUCUACCCGGGGCGAGGACUUGGUGACUCGUUGCUCUAUGACGAUCUGCCUCUGACUGACUGAAAUAGGAGACAGGAUUAGAAAGUUCCUCCUUAGAUGAUGUCAGUCAGCAACCGGUUCAUGUCCAAUCGCAUUGUCUCAUACAUCUCGUAGUCCGUUCCUGGACUGUGUGUGGACUCGUAACGUGACAGCGUGAUUCCUCAGCUCCGCUGUUAACCCUGAUGAAACGACGGAUGCGACCACGGGUUCAUCAUGAGACCACUUUUGCAUCCCUCUCAGCUAAAACUACAGACUCUUCAAGUGCCAGUUCAGAUUGGAAAUCCGUGCUGUUAUUUCACAGCAUGACAAAGAAAAAACAGACAUGAUUCGCUCUUUCACUGAAGAAGACAUUUCAGUUUUUUUUUUUUUUAUGAAGUAUCUUGCUGGAUUUCUUGGUCUUUUAUGCUACGUUUUCUCCUCUUGACCCCAGAGUCAAGCAAAUAGCUGCCACGAAUUGCGUUAAAGAGUCAAAUUUUUUCUUCUUCUUCUUAUGGGAUCAAGCAUAAGCUACAGUUUGAUUUGGUGCUGUUCUGUAGACAGGUGAUCGCAACAGCUGAAUUUCUGUUUUCAGCGUCUGUAAAUGGCUGUAAAGGUCAUGGAUGAUUUUGUACUGACUGAAGUUACCGUGCUUAGUGUAAUAAGCACGAAGAGGUAUGUAAUAUUCAUACACCGUGACAUUUUUUUGCACAGUUUGUCCCGAACAAACUUCUUUUGUAUUUUGUUGGUUUUUAUGUGAUGGACCAAAGUAAGCAGAAAACGGUUCUGAAUUUGAAGGAAAACAACACAUGAUUUUGUAAAAUGGUUCACCAAAAAAAA